AAAACAGACGGCUGAUAAUAGAGAGCGCCUGUCCCCUUUCGCGCUUCUCUCUAUCUGACAUUUGAUCUCGUCUGCCUGCACCCUUGGACGGCGUGACUCACGCUAUUCUUGUGGAGGCAAUGCUCGUGUGAAGACGGGUCCUUCUCCUCAGCGUAUCGAGUUCGCUGUGUGCUUAGCUAAGGAGGCUGCCAUGUAUUUGGAGACUAUUUUCAUCGCACUAAUUUUGAUAAUUAUUUUAUUUGUGCAGCGCGAUGUUUCAAAACCACGGAAUUUUCCUCCAGGUCCUCCGUGGCUGCCUGUUGUUGGAAAUUUUUUGUAUAUUCGGAGUCUCAUGAAAAAGGAAAAAUAUCAACAUAUGGCGUUUUCAUUUCUUUCUCAACAUUACAAUUCCGAUAUUAUCGGACUAAAAUUGGGAGAGAAUUUAGUCGUUGUCGUAUCAGGAAUGAAAUUGGUACAGGAUGUGCUCACAAAAGAAGAAUUUGAAGGUCGCCCUGACAAUUUUUUCAUUCGUCUACGAUCAAUGGGAACCAGGAAAGGCGUAACAUGUACGGAUGGCUACCUGUGGCAUGAUCAGCGUGCCUUCGUUUUGAGACACUUACGGAACCUGGGGUACGGAAAGCAAAAUAUGGAAAAUAUACUUCAUGACGAACUUAUUCAAUUACGAAAACAACUUGGUACAAGUAAUAACCAAAAAAUUAGAAUUGGUCCUCAAUUUGCCAAAGCUGUUCUCAAUACUAUGUGGACUUUAGUGGGAGGCUCUCGGUUAUCAAGUUCAAAGUUUUAUUUGGAUAAAAUGUUGGUGCUUCUUGAAAAGCGAACUAGAUUGUUUGACAUCAGUGGUGGACUACUAAAUCAUUUUCCAUGGCUGCGCUUUCUUGUUCCAUCUAAAACAGGUUAUAAACUAAUUAUGGAUAUUAACAACGAUCUAAAGACACUGUUUCAGGAAGUAAUAGCUGAACAUCUGUCAACAUAUGAUUCUGUAGAAACAAGAGAUUUAAUUGACGCUUAUCUUCACCAAAUGAAGUCAACGGAAAAGAAGAAUAAUAUUUUCUAUACAGAUGAUCAAUUAAUAAUGGUUUGCCUGGAUCUCUUCAUUGCUGGCUCGCAAACUACGAGCAACACGUUGGACUUCGCAAUUCUCCUCAUGGUUCUACACCAAGACAUUCAGAGGAAAGUGCAAAAGGAGAUAUGGUCAGUUAUCGGAACAGAACGUCUGCCAUCUAUUAAUGACAGAUACAAAAUGCCGUAUGUUGAUGCAGUAAUAUGUGAAGUUUUGAGAUUGUGUCAAGUAACACCAGUUGCUGGUCCAAGACGAGCUCUUAAAGACACUGAAUUGGGUGGCUACUAUAUACCAAAGAACACAAGUAUUCUUAUCAAUUUACAUUCUGUAAAUAAUGAUAAACAGCAUUGGAGUGAUCCAGAGGCGUUUAGACCUGAUCGCUUUCUUAAUGGCGAUGGGUCGCUGAGGUCAGAUGACCAUCUAAUUGCGUUUGGAUUAGGUCGAAGAAGAUGCCUGGGGGAGACGCUAGCCCGAAGUUGCAUUUUUCUCUUCUUCACGGGAAUUCUCCAGCACUACCAUAUACUUCCGGUUAAUGAUGAAAAUCCAGAUAUUACUCCUGUGCCUGGAAUGACAAUGGCUCCACAACCGUAUCAUGCAAAUUUUGUCCCAGCGGAAGUUUUUAUUGAUAACAGUGACUUACUUCCACAAUGAAUCGAAAAAAAUGCUAUCAAGAUUUUAGUGUAUCUCAAGAACACUGGUGCAAGUAUUUGAAGACAAAAGUUCAGAGAAUUUAUAACAAACGUCUGAAAAGUGACCGUUAUCAGUGUGUUAACGACGCUCAAGUGUUAAUAAUUAAAACUAGAAUAACCCUUCAAUUAUUGAGGUACUGAAGCCAAGGGAGACAAGCGACCUUUUAAAAAACCUUGAGUGCGUUUUCACUUAGUUUGGAUAUAAAAAUGUUUCAUUAUAUGUACGAGCGAUAAUUCUCGCAUAUAGCCGCUCUUACUUUUUUAAAAUAAACAAACAAGCAAAGGUCAAAUGAUAUUUAAAGAAAAAAGUCUUGCAAUAUUAUUUUAAAGGAGUUUCAAACUUAACCAUGGGAUAGGAAGUCUUGAAAAUUAUUGUAUUGUAUAUAUCAAAACAGUGUCUUCAAAAAAAACUUGAAAGCAAAAAUUAAGUUAUUGUAAAUUGUGUAAUAAGUAUUGUAAGACUAGGUUUAACUAGGCCAUAAGAACCUUGUGCAUUAACUCGAGAGUACUAUACAUAGAGUCGCCCGCACGUACCUCAACCUGCACUUGAUCAAUUGCUCAUGCAAUACUUUGAGGAACGGGCUACGGAUCAUCCGCGAUCUUUCCUUCCUUUUCCUUAUCCCCUCAUAUCCGCUUAGAUCUUGUCCUGGCUGAGACGAACGAUGCCUAGAGGGAGGAAGUUCCACAACCUGGCAUGUAUGUCGAUGCCACUUCCCACAUUCCACCUUGGAAAUGAUGAUUGGAGAUGGUUGGAUUUUCCAAUGAUGGUUCGAGCUGGGUUUGAGCAAUAUGGCCGCGAUCCCAAUUAACUGGCUUUAACAAAAACCUUUCGGGGCGAUUCUAUGUGUAGUAUUCUUUACGUUGAACAUACUGGUUGUGUAUUGAGUAUUGCGAACAAAUAUAUUAGAUGCUUUUUAAAGCUGUAGACCAGAUCUCAAUUACAACUUCGUUUUAAGUUGUGACGAUUUAUUGUUUUCUUUUUCUCCCAAACUCUCCCUCGGCUCUCCUCCAGCAUUCGCAGUGGGAGAAGCUGACCUAUGACAGAAAAUGCAGAUAUUUUCCAGGUUUUGUAAUGAGACCCCUGUAUAGCCUCAUAUACAGUAUCGUAACGCAGAGCCAUGUCGCUUGCCUUUCACUAAGGAGGGCUGGAUUCGAUUUCCAGACAAUUAAUGUGAAAUUUGUUCCAACAAAAAGAAUUUGCCUAUUUCACAAGGGCUAGUUCAACCCUACCCCUGUCCUUAUUCCUUCGCCAUUCUCGUUGCUGGAUAAUGGCGCAGGAAGACGUGUAAUGUAAGAAUCGCGUACGCGGAGAUGCUACCUGGCGGUUCUUUUUAAGACUGUGAUAAGACUUUUGGCCGUGACGAGAACCUUAAUGGAGGAUUACUCCAAAACGCUCAAUGCCAAAACGAGGGCUUGGAGACGCGUUGCAUUGAUUAAGAUGCAAUAAAUUCUUUCUCUUUCUUUAUAUUGUGAUAUGUGUUGGUAGAGCGCUGAAUGGCACGUUGCAUAUCACAUAGUAGUGCGCAAAGAGGUUAAGGACUUUUUGCUGGGCGCCAUCAGAGCCGCGGGUGGGGAGGGAUGGCGAUUCGCCUGCCAUUGCUUCCAGCGCUAUCCGGCAAUUCCUUUGACCUCGGUACCGGCCACCUUGGAAUACUGCUGAUUCUCCUAAUCAAGGUUUCUUGUUGAUAAUUACCUUCGACUUAAUGGAGUCUUAAGAGUCUCCAAGAACUCUUCCGAACGCGCGGUCGGGUUUAUGUUUCAAAACACUGUGAUUAAUUGGGAAUAUAAUGGCUGACCACGAACAAAGGCAAUACUCUUAUUGAGAAUAUUCUCAAAUGAGAUAUAUUAAUUCUAAUUACAUCAAUGUAUCAAAAUAAAGCACCUAUCGAAAUAUGUUUGGUCUUUAAAAAGUACUAGAUGUUAUUGUUCUUAAUAUUAUACUUUGAAAAUUACUUUCGUGUAGAAUUCGUCGAAUUGCUCUAUACUGAUUAUGUUCCUA